AUGUGUUUAUUGCAAACCAGUCAAAAAUGGGAAAAUAUAAAUACAGUUAUAUGUGCGUGAGAUUCUCGCUAUCCUCUCCCUGCCUAUCGUAGAUUUAACACAUAUAUUUUUAAAGUCAAUUCCCAAAUUUCGUUGGAGCUUCGAGAUAGGUAGAUCAAUUAUUUCAGAUUUGAAACGCCAUUCAAAUAAAACCCAGUCAUCGGGACGACUAUUAAUAGAUAAUUAAUAGAAAUCUCAGAAGACUUUCUAGAAAGAUAAGCCGUGACGGACCUAGAUGCGAUGCCGUGAUAGGCGUUGCAGAAGACUUUGUUAUAAAUGCAUGUGAACACCACGCUUAUUUCAAAAUCUCUGAGAGUGUUUUUCCCUUUCAAAGCGUUGGGUUGUUACAAGGCACUUCAAUCCAGACGCGUUUGUUUUGUAUUGUUUAAAGAGAAGUUAAUGCUUGCACAAUGUCCGUGAAAUCAGAGGGCGAGGUGCAGUCAUGGGCGGGCAGCCUGCGGCAGGGCAGCCGACGGCUAUUCGAAAGAUCGGAAAGUGUUUUCUCAGCUUCUUCCUCUUCCAGAAAUCGGUUAGAUGAUGAAGAGUCCCUCAAAUGGGCAGCCAUUGAAAAGCUGCCCACUUAUGAUCGUCUCAGAACUUCGAUUCUGAAAGAUGUUCAUGGUGAAGUCAAUGUUACAGAUAUCCAACUGGAGAGCCGUCAAAAAGUGCUCGAUAGGCUUGUUAGAGUUGCAGACCAGGACAACGAACGCUUCCUCAAUCGACUGCGUAAAAGAAUCGACAGAGUUGGGAUUAAAUUGCCCGAGGUUGAAGUCCGGUACGAGCACUUGAAUGUCGACGCCAAUGUCCAUGUCGGAGGCAGAGCUUUACCUACGCUCACUAACUAUUAUGCCGAUGCAUUGGAGGGGCUGUUGGGAUCGCUUCAUUUAUACAAGGGCAACAAAACAACCAUGAAUAUUCUUCACGAUGUCAGUGGUGCGGUGAAGCCCGGCAGGAUUACGCUCCUUCUUGGGCCUCCUGCAUCUGGGAAGUCUACGCUGCUCUUGGCUCUUGCAGGAAGGCUGGAUAAAACUCUCAGAGUUAGGGGAUCAGUAAAAUACAAUGGGCAUGGCAUGGAUGAGUUCGUCCCAGAGAGGACAUCUGCUUACAUCAGUCAGCACGAUUUACAUAUUGGGGAACUGACUGUAAGGGAAACCUUGGACUUCGCUGCUCGCUGCCAGGGCGUUGGCUCCAGAUAUGAUAUUUUGACCGAGCUUUCCAGGCGAGAGAAAGAACAGGGUAUCAAACCAGAUCCGGACAUAGAUGUCUUCAUGAAGGCAACUGCAAUAGAGGGACAGGAGACGAACAUGAUGACAGACUACGUCUUGAAGAUAUUGGGGUUGGACAUAUGCGCAGACACCAUGGUAGGAGAUCAAAUGCGCAGGGGUAUUUCGGGUGGGCAAAAGAAGAGAGUUACAACUGGAGAGAUGAUUGUGGGAGCUGCAAACGCCUUGUUUAUGGACGAAAUCUCAACGGGUCUAGACAGCUCUACAACAUUUCAGAUUGUGAAAUGCCUACGCCAAUACGUACACGUGUUCAACACAACCAUGGUGAUUUCGCUCUUGCAACCUGCACCAGAAACAUAUGAUCUCUUCGAUGACGUCAUUUUGCUUUCUGAAGGUUAUCUCGUUUACCAUGGGCCACGUGAAUCCAUCCUUGAAUUCUUCGAGACCAUGGGAUUCAGAUGCCCUGAAAGGAAAGGCGUUGCUGAUUUUUUGCAGGAGGUGACUUCGCCCAUGGAUCAAGAACAAUAUUGGGCGAACAGAAACCAAGCAUACCGUUAUGUUCCAGUGAAGGAGUUUGCAGACGCAUUCCAAUCUUUCCAUGUUGGAACCAAAAUGAAUGCAGAGCUAUCAAUUCCCUAUGAUAAAACCAAAUCUCAUCCGGCUGCGCUGACCAAACAGCAAUUUGGUGUAAGCAAAAAGGAGCUUUUCAGAGCUUGUUUGGAUAGAGAACUUCUGUUGAUGAAGAGGAGCUCCUUUGUCUAUAUCUUCAAAUCCACUCAGAUCACUCUGAUCGCUUUGAUUGUGAUGAGCGUUUUCUUCCGAACUAAUAUGCAUCAACGAAAUCUGAAUGAUGCGACUAUCUACUUCGGAGCUCUCUUCUUUGGGCUUACACAGCUCAUGUUCAAUGGCCUGGCCGAAUUAUCAAUGACAGUUGACAGGCUCCCAGUUUAUUACAAGCAGAGGGAUUUCAAGUUCUAUCCUGCUUGGGCAUUCUCUCUUCCAACCUGGGUUAUGAGAAUUCCUCUCUCGGUACUGGAAUCUGUGAUAUGGACUAUUCUCACAUACUAUACCAUUGGAUUUGCCCCAAGUCCUCAUAGGUUUUUCCGACAAUUGUUGCUGCUCUUCUUUCUUUCUCAGUGUGCAUUAUCGCUUUUCAGAUUCAUAGCCUCUCUAGGACGGAAUCUAGUAGUGGCAAACACUUUUGGCUCUUUUGGUCUCUUGGUAGUCUUCGUUCUUGGAGGAUUCAUCAUCUCCAGAAAUGAUAUUAAAGGUUGGUGGAUAUGGGGUUACUGGAUUUCUCCUCUCAUGUAUGCUCAAAAUGGAAUUGCAGUUAACGAGUUCCUAGCAAGUAGAUGGCAAAAGGAAACGGAAAAUAUUGGUGUGAAAUUGUUGCACACUCGUGGACUAUUUUCUGAUAAAUGGUGGUAUUGGCUUUCUAUUGGAGCACUCUUGGGAUACAAUGUUCUCUUUAAUGUGUUCUACACAAUAGCAUUACAUUAUCUUGAACCAUUGGGAAAGCCGCAGGCGUCAAUGUCAGAAGAUGACUUGAAACGUAAAAAUAUUUCGACAACUGGUUUUCAUAACAGAGGCGAGAAUGGGGUUGAAAUGCAAAACAUCACUGGAGAAAUUCAAUCUGCUGGUGGGAGAAGUCGAAAGAGAAGUAGCAAUAUUUCAAACAGGUCUGAUUCCCUUGUGACAAGUGCCCGUGAGGCUGGCAGGAAAGGGAUGGUUUUGCCCUUCGAACCUCUCGCCAUGGCCUUCCACAAUGUCAGCUACUUCGUUGACAUGCCCGAUGAAAUGAAACAACAAGGAGUAACAGAGGACAGACUUCAAUUGCUGCGUGAUGUGAAUGGGACAUUCAGGCCAGGUGUAUUAACAUGUUUAAUGGGGGUGAGUGGGGCAGGAAAGACAACCUUGAUGGAUGUUCUUGCAGGAAGGAAAACUGGAGGCUAUAUUGAAGGUUCCGUCACCAUUUCUGGUUAUCCCAAGAACCAAGAAACCUUUGCUCGGAUUUCCGGUUACUGCGAACAAAAUGAUAUACAUUCUCCUUGUGUCACAGUCUAUGAAUCCCUCAUAUACUCUGCUUGGCUUCGUCUCCCCAAAGAAGUUGAUACUAAAACUAGAGAGAUGUUUGUGGACGAAGUUAUGACUCUGGUAGAGCUACACAACUUGAAAGGAGCUCUGGUGGGUUUACCUGGAAAGAGAGGUUUGUCCACAGAACAGAGAAAGAGGUUGACUAUUGCAGUGGAAUUGGUAGCAAAUCCAUCCAUUAUAUUCAUGGACGAGCCAACAUCAGGAUUGGAUGCCAGAGCUGCUGCAAUUGUUAUGCGAACAGUUCGCAAUACUGUGGACACGGGACGAACUGUUGUGUGCACCAUUCAUCAACCAAGCAUAGACAUAUUUGAAGCCUUCGAUGAGUUGGUGCUGAUGAAGCGCGGAGGGCAAAUGAUAUAUGUAGGACCUCUGGGUCACCAUUCAAAGGACCUGAUUGAAUAUUUUGAGUCAUUUGAUGGGGUGCCCAAAAUAACCCAAGGUUACAACCCCGCGACAUGGAUGUUGGAGUCCUCUUCUGUUGGAACUGAGCUUCGACUUGGAGUUGAUUUUGCAGAUUUGUAUCGCAAGUCCCGUCUAUAUGAGAGAAAUGAAGCUCUGAUAAAGGAACUAGAAGUACCAGCUCCAGGAUCAAAGGACAUACACUUUGACUCACAGUAUUCACAGCCUUUCUUUAUCCAAACAUGGGCUUGCCUGUGGAAGCAACAUUGGUCAUAUUGGAGAAACCCAGAAUACAAUGCAAUUCGCUUCUUUUACACAGUCAUCUGCGCUUUGAUGUUUGGCACAAUUUUUUGGAGGGUUGGUAAUAAGACACGAGAGCAAAGCAGUGUUACCAAUGCUAUGGGCUCAUUGUUUGCGUCCAUUAUAUUUUUGGGCGUGAAUAAUGCAUCAUCAGUUGAGCCUGUUGUGGAUAUUGAAAGAACAGUCUUCUAUAGAGAAAAGGCUGCAGGGAUGUAUUCAGCUCUCCCUUAUGCCCUUGGACAAGUGUUGAUUGAAAUACCAUAUGUUUUCAUUCAAGCAGUGCAAUAUGGAGUAAUUGUGUAUGCCAUGGUUGACUAUAAGUGGGAGGCAUCAAAGUUCUUCUGGUUCUUUUUCUUCAUGUUCUUCACAUUCCUAUACUUCACAUUUUACGGCAUGAUGACUUCUGCUCUCACUCCCAAUUCAAUGAUAGCUGCAAUUGUAUCCUCAGCUUUCUAUGGAAUUUGGAUGCUUUUCUGUGGCUUUCUAAUUCCUCGCAAUAAAAUUCCAGUGUGGUGGAGAUGGUACUACUGGGCAGACCCCAUGGCAUGGACACUCUAUGGCUUGAUUGCUUCACAAUUUGGAGACCUUGAUACUCUAAUGACCAAAACUGAUGGCACUCAAGAAUCACUCAAGCAUUUCUUGAAGAGUUAUUUUGGAUUUAGACAUGACUUCUUAGGAGUUACUGCAGGUUUUACAGUAGGAUGGGCUGUUCUAUUCGCCUUUGUCUUUGCCUUCGCUAUCAAAUUCCUCAACUUCCAAAAUAGAUAGAUCGACAUUGAAGGAGACCUCGCCAUGAUAUUGUUAUAUACACAUAGGCAUUCUCUCACCUGAGAUGAAUCCAUCCAUAUUUUAUAUGUUCAAGUUUUACCCUAAAAGCAUCUAUAUGCAAGGGAAGGGGAGUGUCAUCAAAGCCCAGCAGUAUUUCAAUGCCUAAUUUUGUGCAGUUGAAACUCUCUAUCCAUUUAACUAUUCUUUUGUCCGAAUAACUUAUUAUUAUUUAUAUUUUUUCCUUUA